AUGGCUGUCAAGACUGCUUCUCUCACUGCUCUUAUAAUCGCUCUCUCUGGUCUGGAGGCUCUUGUGGUGACACAGCAGAAGACCCAAACUUCAAAACUGGGACAAAAUAUUCAGAUUCAAUGUACCAGGGACAGUGGUUCCUGGGUAAUAGCCCUGGUAAUGUCCUGGUACCAGCAGAAGCCAGGCAGUGCCCCAAAGUUCUUGCUUGCUGACGGCAGCAGGGCAAGCAGUUUGCCCAGCAGAUUCACAUUCACAGAUAAUGGACUAACUGAGUACCUGAACAUCAACGGAGUGACGGCUGAUGAUGAGUACAAAACUCAUUCUCCAUCUCCCCCUGAGCUAGUCCUGCUGGCCCCCUCCCAGGACCUCUCCUCUGGGGACAGGGCUACUGUGGUGUGCCUGGCUCAGGGCUUCUACCCUGACGGUGCCACCCUGACCUGGUCAGAGGAUGGCACAGAUGUGGUGGGCACUGAGUUCCAGACGGGAGAGUCUCAGCGCCAGUCUGAUGGCACGUUCUCCCUCAGCAGCGCCCUGACGGUCCAGCCGCAACGCUGGCGCUCUGGGCACACCUACACCUGUCAGCUGAGCCACUCCGCCCUCUCCAGGCCUCUGAGCAAGAGUGUGGCACAGGGACAGUGCAGCUAGAGGGGGAGAGAGCAGGAUUCAGCCAAGUUACACACGGGGCACAGGAAUGCGCUUCUGUGAGUUUGGUGAAUAUUUACCUGCUUAAAAGCAUCUGUGACUACAUUACACUGUUUUGUUGGUUUACCAUGAAAUGCCUUAAAUAACGUACAUUUUCAAAGAUCUCUUUAUAAAUGUGUCUCAAUAAAACAUUCUCAUUUCAUGAAGAUAUAUGAGAUGUUGUCUUCAUUUCAUUAUGCCAGUCAGGAAAAGAGACAUAAUAAAAAGAUAUCUGAGCUUCAUCAACUUGUUUGGCACACAUUGACAGAAAACAAAGAUAUAAGAUGGAAGAAACACCUUCAGGCAAAAAGUUGAAUUGUAGUGAAAUGAAAGCUGCUAUUCUCUACAUGCUGCAUGUUAUCAGGCUGCCAGUUCCACCAGUAGUUGCUUGUAGGCAACAGUCAAAACUGAAAUCUUUGCUGGAAUCUGAUUUCUUGGUGUGUGUUUGUCA